GCACUUGUCUGCUUUCUGGCGCCGUAGCGGGCAGUAGAAUUCUCUGGCUCAGAGGGACGGUGUUGUUAUUAUUCCUUUUAACUGCAUCACAUUUUUCUGUUGACCAAUCAAUAGCGCAGAAUGCUGGCGGAAGUUACCGUUGUAAACUAGGAAUACGAAACAUGGCGUCAGUUUUAAACUGACUCGGAUCGAGCUGGAGUGCUCGCCUGAAAAAUUAAGGCCAUGUCUGCUGGAGAGUCCCGAGCAACAUUAAGAAAACAAGACCUUCAUAGGUCAACAACAUCCAAGUACAGAGAUUCUAAGCACAGUAUGCGGGAGUCACAGAAAACAAGUGCAGCUUCAUCUGGAAAGAGCUCUGCUGAUGAAAUUGCAAGGCUGCAAGAGAUCAUUGUUCACCUCCAGAAGGAACGUGAACACUCACAGAAAUCUGAAGGAAGUAGUUUUGAUACAGAGGAAGAUUUGAGAUGGAAACUCAACAGAUCUGAAAAGGAGAAGCUGGACAUCAUUACCAAGUACAAUGAAGAGAUUUCAAGAUAUGAAAGUCAGGUGGCCAAGUUAAGAGCUCAGCUUGAGAAAGGGGAGGCUAUACGGCAGAAUGUGGAGUAUGAGAUUGCACUGGUGAGGAAGGAUGCUGGGCUGGAAAAAUGCACUGCAGAGGAAAGGAUGGCAAAUUUGUAUCAAGUGAAAGAACAAUUGAAAGCGCAAAAUGAAGAAAUGCAGCAGAGAAUUGCUGAUUUGCAGAAUGCUUUGCACAUCUCUCAGAAAGCACGAGAGGAAGACCAGCAUGUGCUUCAGAGUGAGCUGGAGGAGAGGGACAGAAUUAUUCAGACCUGCAACACUGACACCGAGCUCCUUUCUGCAGAGAGAGAUCGAUUGGAGGAAGUCCUUCAGGGCCAAGAAGAAACAUUAAUGAACCUACAUAAAAAGCUGAUGGAGCUGGAAAUGGACCAAAACAAAGAUGAAGAUGCUCUGAGACGUCAAGCAAGCGAGCUGGAGUACAGUGCCGAACGAGAGGAGAGAUUAAAAAAAGAAUUAGAGACAGCUUUGCAGAGAGUGAAGAAUCUGGAUGAAAAUGUUGAGUCGGAAAGAGCAGCCCACUUAGAAUCUAAAUUCAACUCUGAAAUCAUUCAGUUGAGGAUUCGUGACCUUGAAGCUGCACUACAGGUUGAAAAAUCAAGCCAUGCCGAAGCUGUGUCCAAUUUCGAAAUGAUUAAACAGCAGUUCAGAGAGGUGGAGAAGGCAUACAAGCAAGAGAAAGAAAAUGCCCAACAAUCCAUAGAAAAACUACAAAGGUUUGAAAAUGACAGUUCAUCUUUAUCAAAACAAAUAAGUCAAGAAAUAGAACAAUACAAGAAAGAAAUUGCAGACUUGUCUGAAAAACUGCAGGGCCAUGAGAAAACAUCAGCCGAACUUGAGAUGGCAAAUGAACGUAAGGCCUAUUUUCAAGAGGCUUAUGAGAGCUGCAUGCGAGAAUUGGAGCUACUCUUGCACCAUUGCAAUAUGUCAGGCCUGCGGACAUCAGGUGAGAGAGACAAAGAGAAACCCCAGAACUUCACUGUCAUUAUUGAGAACUUGAGGAGGACCUUGACAUGUUACCAGGACAGAUUUGAAGAUACUUCAAAUGAGCUGGUUCAAAUGACUAAAGAAUGUCAGUUGAAAGAAGAAACAAUCCAGGCACAGAACAAAGAGAUUGAGGAAGCACAACAGAACCUUUCUGAUGCCAGCAAUGAGUUAAGUGAACUGCGUUCUGAAUGCGCAGACAGAGAGGCCCUCGUAGGCAAAGCUGAAAUGGAGCUGCAGAAUAUGCGGCACCACUGGGAGACAGAGAAAAUGCGUGCCAUGGAAGCUGAAAAUGAAAUCCAGAAGCUUACUCAGGUUCACCAGAAGGAUUCAGAGGAGAAGCUGACCUUUCUCCAUAAUCUGUACCAGCAUUUGGUAGCGGGCUGUGUGUUAAUAAAACAACCAGAGGGCUUGCUGGGGAGAUUCUCCUGGUCAGAGCUGUGUACAGUCCUGCAGGAGCACGUUGACGCCUUGACAUCUGACCUCCACAGAGCUAAUGAGAAGAUAUCCCAUCUAGAGUAUGUUUGUAAGAACAGAGAUGAUGCGGUGAAGGAGCUGCAGCAGACCCAGGAAAACAUGUUCUGUAAACUGGCAAAGCAAGUCAAAGGUCGCGAAGCUGGCUGGCAGAAGCAGAAGAAAGACUUGGAGCAGCAUUAUUCUGCUUUGAUUGGGGAAGUUCAUGCCAGAGCACAGAACUGUCAAGGAGUAGCUGAUAAAGCCAACGAGAAAGUGGCUAGUCUAGAGAAGAUCAGGGAUCAGAUGGCACUUGAACUCUUGCAUCUCAAGCAGGUCUUACCUGGAACCCAAAGAGAGAAUGCUGCUCUCCUGUCCGCCUGCGCUUUGAUGGCAGGGGCCCUUUACCCCCUUUACUGUAACCUGUGUGCUAUAUCUAGCCAAAAGGACAUGCUGCUGGAGCAGGUCAAUGCCACCUUGGCAUUUAAAAAUCAGAUCGAGACUCUGGUUCUUGCGUUAUCUUCGGAGGACAAAAAAGAGGAGAAGCGUGGGGGCAACGUUCCGAGACUGCAGUCUAAUGGACUAAUUAAAGUUUUUCGGAAAGGCGUCAUAGCUGUGAUAGCGGCCAGACGCUUCCAGAGGUUAGGAAAGGCUUCAAGAUAUCUCUUCUCAUGGGCAGACGGCUUCCAGGAACUUCCAGGCCUGACGGUCCACAUGGGUUGGACAAAGCCAAGUCAACAAUCAAAAAGUAAAAAUAAAGAAAAUAAACAUGGCAUUCAAGCCCUGAAGUGGUUUACAAGUUCUGAUCUGCUGGCUAUAGUGGUCAGCUCUAUGAUGGAAUUACAAGACACCAUAUCUAAAACAGAUCCCAGUGCUCCGUCUGCAAGUCGUAUAUUGGUAAGCGCUGCUCAGAGCUCCUUUUCCAAGCUCAUGGAUCGGCUGAGGGUUGAAAUGGAUAAUGGCUCUGGGGAAUCUGCCAAACCCAUUAGAUACGGAGAGAAGGGAACCCUGGUGAGGAGGCUGGCACAUGGGCUGCACAAAUUGAAUUCAAGGAUGCUUAAAGCAGGAAUGCCUGCCACUGUGCCCAUGAAGCAAACCGUGUCCAUCUUGCAGGGUCGCAUUCUUGAGUUUACGCAACGCCUGCAUGCUGCUGAAGUGGAACGUCGCAAUUUACGUAUGGAACUCUCACAGUUUAAGCGCAGCAUGAAUGAAAUGAGAAAGGAGGCUGACAAAGCACUUGGACUGAAAGAAAAACUGAAGGAGUUUAAACAAGCUGCAAUGGUCCCUUUAGAGAGGUUUGAAAAUGUGUGCGAAGAACUGAACAGUGCCCUGCUAAGACAGCAGCAGGCCCAAAUGCUGCUCCAUGAACAGGCACAACAGCUGCAAGAGCUGGGUCUCAGGCUGGAGCAGCAUUCUGGUGAGGAAGCUGAGAAGGACCAGACCCUUACUGAGGCUGUGAAGAGUCUUUCCGAGGCAAAGAUGGAGCUGAGAAGAAAAGAUCAAUCUCUGCGUCAGCUCAGGAAACAUCUUUCCCAGCUGGAGCAGGACAAGCGUCGACUGGAGGAGAGCAUCCGUGAUGCAGAGAGCGCCCUGUGCAUGGCAGCCAAGAGUAAAGAUUUCAUCGCUGGCUACAUGAAUUCAGUAGAAGGCAGUGUUAAGGAGGUCAACGAACGGCUCUCACUGUCAUGGACUGCAGCCGCCAAGAAUGACUUCACCCUGCAGGUACCGAAGUACCUGGAGACCUUUGGAGCAGAAGGGCUGAAGGGUGGGCCAGAAGUUGUAGCUUGUCAGAAUUUUAUUACAAGCUUCAUGGACCUGUACCAGCUGGCAUGCUCAAAGAUAUCUACACUCGAAACUGAAUUGUCUUCACACCAGCAGCACAUUGCAGCCCUGAAAUCUGAACUGCAGACCGCAUGUCUGCGUGACAAUGAGGAGUUUCUUCCAUCUGAGAAGUUUCCCGAUCAAGACUUUACCACACUGCAGCCGGAGAUGGACGCCUCAUACAGCUUGCUGAGAGAGACGGCCGGAAGCAGCAGACGCAACAACCAGAACUCUUCUUAUGCUGUAACCAUAAAUACAUCCAAACGGGUCCAGAAAUCCUUUAAAUGAGAGCUGCAUUCAAAUAAAAUGCAGUGACCUACUGUGGGAAUACUAUUAAAAUGAAUGCUAAAAUGAUUUGCUGUUUUAUAGCCUUUUAUUUUCCUAUCUGUGCAUUAGUAAUGUAUAUUUGUAAUUAUUUUUGAUUAUUUGUCUAUUACUUAUGAAUGAAAAGUCAUCAGGGGCCAUGAACGGUCAAUGCAAAAAAAGUCUUUGUGUUUUGUAAAAUAUGUAUUUAUGUUUGAUGCUUAUUAUGCAUUUCCAAUUGUUAAAGUGACACAUUUUAGGUAAUAUUCUAAAGACUUAAAAGAAAAAAAAAAUCAAUAAGCCAUUUUAGUCUCUAUCUAUCAAAGUUGUUUCAUACUUGUCUGUUUUAAAGCGGGAAUACGGCACUUUAAUAGGAUCUUGCAAGCUAUUUGAAAUGUAUGCCAACGAUUCCUGUCAUUUCAUGGCAGCCCUGCCAUGGUUCACUGAGCCCCCACUUCUCUCUUGUCAGCUCAGCUGAAGACAAGCAUUUAGUUGCAAACUUGCAAACAGAAAUGAUGUGACUGCUACCCCUUCUGCACCAUAAUGUCACUCUUGGUCAAUGUGAGAAGGUUAGGUUGCUUCUUGUAAAGCUACACGCUAACACAUGCACAUCUGAAUGUGUUACUGCUGGCUGUGGUCUCAGAAGGCUCUUAAAACCUGUUUUUUUUAUUAGUGUAUAUUUGAUAAGGGAGAACCGGGGGCUGCAAAGGAUUCAGAUGACAUGUUUAUGAACUUAACAAGGACCAUUCCCAUUCCGGCACUGCAACUAAUUCCACUGACUUUUAUUUUUAUUUAACUCUCCAAGAAAAUGCUGCUUUGACCUUCGAAGACAGUCUCCCAUUCUGACUGGUACCCCAAGGGUGACGCCCAUGUUUGACAGCACAUGAAUCAAGGCCAUUGCCCUGCAUUUUCUGCCUUGUAGCACACAAAAGUAAAAUCACAUGUCAGGCCAAGAUGUCGGGGAGCUGACAAGAUGCCCCAGUGACAUUUCAGCUCGAAAGAGCAAGUGUCUUGCAACCAAGUGGUCAAAUAUCAAAUAAUAGGUCAAGCAGGAAGGAUUUGAGUGCUAACCAGAAGGCAGUUUCUGGCAACUUACUUGACAAGCGUUGGGGUGCUCUGCGACUUAACAAAGUGAAGUUCUGUAGGGUAUUGCUAGACAGUCUGUUCUGUAUUGCAUUCAAAAGAUCAGGCAUUGACAUUGAUUAAUCUCUUUAACCCCUUGAGCAUGGAGAUGGGUUCACAAAAUGCUACCAGCAGUGUAUUUCUGAUGUUUUAGUACAUAGUGUGGUGCAAAGAUAUUCCACAGCUCAUUACAAUAUCUGACCCCAUCAUCCUACAGUCGUAGUUUAUUCAGCACAGUAAGUUAUUUUACUGUAAAACAUAGAUGGUUUUGCCCCCUUGAUAGGAUUGAAUACUCAAAACCUUUCCCUCCCAUGAGCUUUUUUGUAUUCUGAACAAGAGAAAAUAAAAUAAUGGGUUUGCUGUUACACUAAUUAAGACAAAAUCAGAUAAUUAGUUUUUUUUUUUUUUUAUGAAGAACGUUUCAUGUACAGUAAGUGAAAGUAAUAUUUGUAUUUAUGUAAACCGUAUUACAUGCUACGUUCUUUUUUUAAAGUUUUUUGGUAGAUGUUUUAUUUUUCUUUUGUGUGUGUGUUGUAUUCCAAAACCUGAAGAUAAUGCCAAUUCAUACACAAAAUUGUAUGCUAGUUUUGACAACACUAAUGGCCAAUGAGUGGAUGGAUUUUUUUUAACGUUUUGGGGGACAUGUUUGUUAUAAAAAACAAAAAUCCAAACAAGAAAACAUACAAAAACAGUAUGUGUGCUGCGCUUGAAAACAUAUUUGUUCCAGUUUCUUUUUGGUGUAUAAUAAUUAUCAACCUUGUGUUUAUUUGAACUGAUUCCAUAAGUUUGAAAUGAACUGUAAUACUUUUCCUGUCAGUUUUAUUUGAGCCUGAUUGAGCUUUUUUUUUUUUUUUUUUUUUUUUACUUUUUUAUUAAAUUUUAUGUAGUACAUGAAAAUGAGUUGCUUAAAAUGCAAACAACAAAAAGAUGAGCACUCAGAAUCAAGCUAAAGAUCAUUCAUUUGCUGGAUGCUUGAUUAAACAUUAAAAAUUAAAUUGAAACAAUUACCCAAACUCCUGAAAAUUGAGUUCUUGCCACAUACAGUAUAGCAUUGAUCUCAUUAUGUACCCUUGCUAUUUUGAUAUGCUAGGGCUAUCUUUUUAAAAUCCCAUUUAUGUGUCAUAAAAGGAGUUCCUCGUUCUCUGGAUAAUGUCCUGUUUCUUCUUGUGCCAUGCAUAUUAUUUUGAAAAGAUGUAUUCUUUUGUGGAUUUACAGCUCCUUUAGUUGCUGAUUAUUUCAGUUAUAACCUUUGUAGAAAUGGAGAGUGAAUGCUAAAUACAACACCCCUUUAUUAUGAAUUAAAUAGUAAUUUAAGAGGUUGUCUGUGGCCUUAUUUUACUGCAGAAUAUAGAAGUAUUUUUUACCUAUGCUGAAAAUGAAAACAAAACAAAAAAUCCUGAAAUGGAUUGAUGAAAAUGAUUCACUAAAUUAAAGUGCGAUCUGGCAAGCAUAGCUAAUACGUUUUGUAAUUCUCUUUGCCCCAGUCUCCAGGAAUUCUUUUCAGCAGCAGGCACCAGCUGUAUAAUGUGGGAAUUAAUUAUCUGAGUUAUUGGUAUUAACAAUCUGUUCUUACCAUAAAACGAUUUUCAUGCAAACGUUGGGGCACAUAAUGGCGUUUAAAGGCUCAUUGUGCAUAGUGUAAAACAAGCAAUAAAGUUCAAUCAUGUUUUACCAACAUCCCAUUUUGAUAUGCCUACCUACCUUUGUGUGCUUGUUGUGAUUUAAAGCAGUGCAUGGUCUUCUUUCAGUGAAAUACACAGCCAGAGAUGUAGUCAACCUGUUCCACACCAUUGCUGGAAUCGCUAAAACAAAAUGGUCUUAAAGUAACAGCAUCUUAAGGUUAUACAUUAUUUUAUUUCCAAAUAAUAAAAAUACAAUUCCUGUUUAUAUUUCAGUGUGUUGCAAGACCUAUACAAUGAUGGAUUGUUCAUGUUUACCUUUUUAUUAAUCUUUUGAAUAAAAUAGCAAGUAGUUAGAUUAAAAUAAAAUUCAAUUGCAAAUGCUUUGACUGUCAGUCUUUCU